UCCGAACGUUUUCGUAGCAUGUAAAAUGUACUGGGAUUUGGGAGCGACUCCAGCGACUACCUCUCUCAAGAUGACUGAAAACAAUUAAUGGGAAGUGGACAAAUGAAUGGACCAACCAGAAAUCUGGCUGUCUAAGCCAAUGGAGAUAAGAUUCGUGUCAUCUUUGGCUGCUUAUGAUGAUUGUCUUACGCCGUGACCAACCGUCCCACUAUUGAGCCAGGCAACGAUCUCUGUUUCACAAUUCGUCGAAUAAGCAAUCAGAGGUUUCAACAACAGCAGGUUUUUUUUUUGGUGCCCUCAAGAAGAAAAGAGGUUAGCGUUUCAUGUUUCUUAGAUCCGAGGACUGCUGCUACUGAAGAGGAAGAGCUUGAAGCCAAGAGGGUUUCAUUUUUGUGCAAAAGCUGAGGCUUUUGGAGGUGGGUUUGGAGGAAACAUGGAAGAACAUGAUGGAAUUGAAGAGAGUAGCGUGAGAUUGGUGGGUAGUAGUGGCGGUAGUGGUGGUGGCAGUGACUCGAGAUGGGUUGAUGGGAGUGAAAUCGACUCAGAGUCAACUCCGUGGUGUGUGCUUGAAGAAAAUGUGGGCAGAGAAGGGUAUGGAUCUAUGAGGAGGAGGCUGGCGAAGAAGCCCAGGCGAGUUGAUUCUUUUGAUGUUGAAGCCAUGGAGAUUGCUGGCAUUCAUGGCCACCAUUCCAAGGAUCAAACCAUGUGGCACACGAUUGCAUUAGCAUUUCAAACGCUUGGUGUGGUAUAUGGUGACAUGGGCACGAGCCCUUUAUAUGUCUUUGCUGAUGUGUUCAGCAAGGUGUCGAUCGAGUCAGAAAUUGAUGUCUUGGGGGCCUUAUCACUAGUGAUGUACACAAUUGCUCUUCUUCCUCUAGCGAAAUAUGUUUUUGUAGUGCUCCAAGCCAAUGAUAAUGGGGAAGGAGGGACAUUUGCACUGUACUCACUGAUUUGCAGGUAUGCAAAUGUUAAUAUGCUGCCUAAUCGUCAGGCAGCUGAUGAACAAAUAUCAAGUUUUCGGCUCAAACUGCCCACUCCAGAGUUGGAAAGGGCUUUAAGAAUAAAAGAGGCUUUAGAAAGGAGAUCAUUCUUGAAAACCCUUCUCUUGCUGUUCGUUCUGAUGGGAACUUCCAUGAUAAUAGGAGAUGGUAUUCUAACCCCAGCAAUAUCAGUGAUGUCUGCUGUGAGUGGACUGAAGGGUGAAAUACAAGGAUUUGGUACAAAUGCUGUAGUUAUCAUUUCAGUAGUGAUCCUUGUGGGGUUGUUCAGCAUACAGCAGUUUGGGACUGGUAAAGUUGGUGUCAUGUUCGCUCCUGCACUUGCCUUGUGGUUCUUCUCUCUGGGAUCCAUUGGAAUUUACAAUAUAUUUAAGUACGAUAUUACUGUUCUAAGGGCAUUCAACCCGGCUUAUAUCUAUUUCUUCUUCAAGAAGAACAGCAAAGAUGCGUGGUCAGCUCUUGGUGGUUGUGUUCUAUGCAUUACAGGAGCGGAAGCUAUGUUUGCUGAUCUAGGCCACUUUUCUGUACGGGCCAUACAGAUUGCCUUUACUUGUGUUGUGUUUCCCUGCCUUCUCUUGGCUUACAUGGGCCAAGCUGCUUAUCUGAUGAAAUACCCUGAUUCUGCAGAAAGAAUAUUCUAUGACUCUGUGCCAGAUACUCUAUUCUGGCCAGUUUUUGUGAUUGCUACCAUUGCGGCUAUGAUUGCCAGCCAAGCGAUGAUAUCUGCUACAUUUUCAUGUGUGAAACAAUCUAUGUCUCUUGGAUGCUUCCCAAGGCUAAAGAUUGUUCACACCUCAAGAAGGCUAAUGGGUCAAAUUUACAUCCCUGUAAUGAAUUGGUUUUUAAUGAUCAUGUGCAUAGUUGUAGUUGCCAUCUUUCGGAGUACCACAGAUAUUGCCAAUGCGUACGGCAUAGCCGAAGUUGGUGUCAUGAUUGUGAGCACCAACUUGGUGACACUUGUAAUGCUUCUAAUCUGGAAGACCAACCUUUUUUUGGCUUUGUGUUUCCCACUUGUUUUUGGAUCAGUAGAGCUCAUCUAUUUGUCGGCUGUGCUAUCUAAAAUAAAAGAGGGUGGCUGGCUUCCCCUUGUUUUUGCUACUUGCUUUCUCUGUGUCAUGUACACCUGGAACUAUGGAAGUGUGUUGAAGUACCAGAGUGAAGUCAGGGAGAAGAUAUCCAUGGAUUUCAUGCUUGAACUUGGCUCAACCCUUGGAACUGUAAGAGUCCCUGGAAUUGGAUUGCUAUACAAUGAGCUCGUCCAAGGCAUUCCCUCCAUCUUUGGGCAGUUCUUACUGAGCCUUCCAGCUAUCCACUCUACAAUUGUGUUUGUAUGCAUUAAAUAUGUCCCAGUUCCAGUGGUUCCUCAAGAGGAAAGGUUUUUGUUUCGAAGAGUUUGCCCAAAAGACUAUCAUAUGUUCCGCUGUGUUGCUCGAUAUGGUUACAAAGAUGUCCGAAAGGAAGAUCAUCAUGCGUUUGAGCAACUUUUGGUUGAAAGCCUUGAGAAGUUCUUGAGAAGGGAGGCUCAAGACCUUGCGUUGGAGAGCAAUUGGAACGAGUCAGAGUUUGAUAGUGUUUCAGUGAGGUCAAGGGAUUCCGGAGCCCCAGGUGGUGAUGGGAACGAGGAUCUUACGACUCCAUUAAUGCACGAUCGAAGACUAGAAGACGCAGGAACUUCUGCCUCAGAAGAAGCUGCUGUAGCAUUGCCAUCUAGUGUCAUGUCACUGGAUGAAGACCCUAGUCUGGAGUACGAGCUCUCAGCUCUUCGUGAGGCAAUAGAUUCUGGAUUUACAUAUAUGCUUGCACACAGUGAUGUGAGGGCAAAGAAAAAUUCAUUUUUCUUUAAGAAAUUGGUAAUCAAUUACUUCUAUGCAUUCAUGAGGAGGAACUGUAGAGCAGGUGCUGCAAACAUGAGAGUACCUCACAUGAAUAUCAUUGAAGUUGGUAUGACAAAUAUGGUCUAGCCUGUUCAUCGUGUUUCAUAAUCUGCCUUUUUCGUUGAGUUUUGAUGCUCAUUGCUACCUCAACGCUGGAACCGACAAGUAUUUCAAAAACGGACUAGGAAUGAUAGAAAUCUUACCGUUUUAUUGGCUGCCUGUUGUAAUUUUUUGAAUCCUUGACAGGUUUCCGACUAAAUUUUUCCUUUCAUAAUUUGAUAUUUACAUUUACAUCGCA